AUGCCUUUCCACCCGGUAACGGCGGCUUUGAUGUACCGGGGGAUCUACACCAUCCCCAACAUCCUCGCCGAGCAGCACCCCGUGGAGAUCCCGGAGGACGAGCUGGAGGAGAUCCGCGAAGCCUUCAAGGUGUUCGACCGGGAUGGCAACGGCUUCAUCUCCAAGCAGGAGCUGGGCACGGCCAUGCGCUCCCUGGGCUACAUGCCCAACGAGGUGGAGCUGGAAGUCAUCAUCCAGCGCCUCGACAUGGACGGCGACGGGCAGGUGGACUUCGAGGAGUUCGUGACGUUACUGGGGCCCAAGCUGUCCACUUCGGGCAUCCCGGAGAAGUUCCACGGCACGGACUUCGACACCGUCUUCUGGAAGUGUGACAUGCAGAAGCUGACGGUGGACGAGCUGAAGCGGCUGCUGUACGACACCUUCUGCGAGCACCUCUCCAUGAAGGACAUCGAGAACAUCAUCAUGACGGAGGAGGAAAGCCACAUGGGCACGGCCGAGGAGUGCCCCGUCGACGUGGAGACCUGCUCCAGCCAGCAGAUCCGGCAGACCUGCGUGCGGAAGAGCCUCAUCUGCGCCUUCGCCAUCGCCUUCAUCAUCAGCGUGAUGCUCAUCGCCGCCAACCAGGUGCUGCGCAGCGGCAUGAAGUAG